UUAAUUCACUUGUUGCAUAAUGUCCUCGAUCCGACAAUUGUGCCAGCUCAAAAACAUCCCUGUAGAAGAUCAUAUACAUUGAGAGUUCAGAGAUCUGAAGGUGUACCCGAUUGGGCAGCAGGUGGAGAAAAUGAAGAAAUUUAUUCUA